AUGCCGUUCAAACCUCCUGAAGCAGUCAAAUGUCCAAAAUGUAAUCAAAAUGUUUAUGCAGCCGAAGAAGUCCCAGCAGCUGGCAAAAAAUAUCACAAAAUGUGUUUUAAAUGCGGUUUGUGUAAAAAAAUGCUUGAAUCAACAACACUUGCUGAACAUGAAGGAAAUUUGUUCUGUAAACAAUGUUAUGCUCGUAAAUUUGGUCCAAAAGGUGUUGGCUUUGGCGGUGGUGCAGGUACUCUUGGCAUGGAUACUGGCGAACAUCUUGGAAAUAAAUCUGGCUCAGAAAUGACAAAUAAACCAAGCUAUGCCCCACCACCUGGCAUUGGUCAACACGAAUAA